CGGCGGGGGCGGGGAGGAGGGGACGCGCCCUCAAAUGGCACUUUAAAUGCGGAGCAGAGGGUAGGCUAGAGUGGAUGAAGAGUGGAGGGGGCAGCGGUGGAAGACCUGUGAUGGCUUCUGCAGAAGGUCGUUUCAAGAACUUCAUUCAUGUUGAUGCACAUGAGGAUGCUAGCGAUGAUGAUAAGGAUAAUGAACAUAGCAGCAGUGAGAAAACAGACUUCAUUCUGACAAAGGAAGACAAAGAGAGUGGGAGGACAAGUAACAGUGAUGAGGAAGAUGAGACCAGUGACAAAACGGAAGCAGCUGUUGCAGAGAUACUUAAAGAAGAGAAAGACAGAGCAAAAGAAGAUGAAGACACAGAUUAUGGUAACGUUUAUAGCGUCUCGACCACUGAAGAGGUGAUACAGUGGGCAUCACGAACUGAAUGCAAGGAUUUCAGAGUUCUGCAGCAUAAACAAGUAAGAAAACAACCAGAAUUUCUGAAGAAGUUGCGACUACACGUUUGGGCAUCCCUAUCAAGAUCUCAGUACGUCAGUCUGUUAAAAGACUUUGUUGAGUCUGAAUUCUUUGUGAUAGAUGGGGAUUCCUUACUGCUUAUGUUUUUAGAUGAAGAAACACAGUAUCUAAACUUGUUCUACCAAAUUGAAUGCUUUCUGCAGGACUUCACUGAAAAGGGAGCAAAAUACAUCAUUGUUUUCUUCAAGGAUGCAGAACAGAUGUACUUCCAGUAUCCUCAUUUUCUUUCCUUACGUACUGCAUUAAUAGAACACCUGAGGCAUAACACAAGAACCACUGUUCAUACAGAAUUUUCCAAUUGUUUAUCCUCCAAAUGGGAGAUUUUUCUGAAGAAAAGCUAUCCUUACUUUAUCAUUGUAUCUGACAUAGGACUGACCUCACUCCAAACAAACUAUUUAUCUAUUUUAAUUACUCAUUCAUUGUCAAAGAAAAUCAAUGUUGUGCUUGCUUCAGGACAGGAGUAUGAUAUUCUUAGAAUUUAUGGAUAUCAUGUUCAGAAUGUGUAUAAACACAGAUUAUUUUUUCAAAGGCAUGAACGAGAUCUGCGAUGUGCCUGUGAGGAGCUAGUAAGGUAUAGAGAACCAAUUGUACAUCUGUAUGAACAUCUCAAGCUGAGUCUGGAAAGCAUAAAAAAGGAGGUUUGCCAGACUAUCCAUCUAUUGAAACAACUGUGGCCUGAAGGAUCUGACAUUCGGCGUGUAGUCUGUGUUCUGGCUUGUGCCGUGGGGUUAAAAAUAUACAGUGACCUGUUGGAAAAUGCAAAGGGAGCAAAAAGAACAACGAGAAAGCAACCAGCAAAAGGAAGAAGUGAACCCCUAUCUUCAGAAGAAGCAGCUGACCUCUGUAGAAUGCAGUGUCUUACAGUGACUUUUCUUCUUCAUAUGCCUCUUUCACAGAGAGCUCAGAUUAGGAUCAUGAAAUCCUGCUGGACUAAGCAAGUUUUACCAUUAAUAAGAAUGCAACAGUUGUGUACACAUUUUGCUCUGACACAGCUCAGUGGGAAAAAUGAUUGGAAAUUGGACUUAACUUACCUGCCUGACUUAAAUGAUGAUUCACUGCUCGUAAAUCUUGCACAUUACUAUGAGAUUGAAUACACCAAAGGAUUAGAGUUCAAAAAGGAAUUGGGGAAAGAAAUAGGGAAUGAAUACCAAAGUUUAUGGAACACAGUAAGAAAACUGGCUGUGAAAUACAGUUUUGGAGAUGCUUUCCCAAUACGACAGACCUCCCAAAUAUUUCUUGAACAGAAACAGACAUUAUUUAAAGCUUAUAAAGACAAAAUCCCUAACGUUGGAUUAAUCUCAGUGAAAUCUGGUCUUGUUGAAGAAUAUGCUGGAGAUGUUUUGAAAAACCUACCAGUUUUAGAAAGCAAUGAUCCUGCAGUUACAUCACUUAUCAAAUACAAGAAAUUUGAUGAGCUUUGUCACUGGCAUUCUGGCAGACCUUUAACUGAAGAAUAUGAGCGAGUACGGUGCAAUGCUGAUGCAAAAUCCAAAGAUCCAAAAGAAAUAAGACAAAUACAAAAGUUACAGACUUUUCGGCAUUUUUAUGGAAGCACCUUGAAAGACUGCACUUCAAAACUUAUUGCACAAGAGAAUGGGUCAGGGAAUGCUAACAAUGCUCUCAAAAAGACACAAAAAAAGCAUAAAAGUAAAGCAGAAAUAAUUGCAGAAGAAAACCAGAGACGACUGCAAACUAAAGAAGAAAAGAAAGAACAGGAGCAAUGGAAAGCUUUGUGUAUACCAAUUGAAAAGGAAAUAAAAGCAAAUCUGACUGUUGGAAUAAAUAAAUUGGACAAGUUUCUCAAGACCCUUAAAAAUAAAUCUGUGAAGUUCAGUGUAGAAAUGACAGGACUGUCUGUCUGUGUAGAAGUGUGGAAGGAACACUGCAGAGGGCAAGGUAACAAAUGUAAAGAUUUAAGCAAAGCUGUUCAAGUCAUGAGGAGAAUUCAUAUCCUCCUUGAAAAGUAUCAGGAUCUCUUGGAGAAGACACAUCUACAAAAGCUGACCAAAUAUCUAAGGCUUCUUGGAUUUGAGAAUUUGGCAUGCUCUCUAUCUGGCCAGAUGGGAGAAAGUAAGGAUACCAAUAGAAGCAACUAUGCUAUCGAAGUGGGUCCAGCUCGCUUUCAACUACAAUACAUGGAUUAUUACUUGCUCAGAGAGGAGAGGAAUGAUCCAGAUCCCCGAGUGCAACAUUUCAUACCAGACACAUGGCAGAGAGAACUUCUUGAUGCUGUAGAUAAUAAUGAAUCUGCAGUGAUCGUUGCACCCACUUCAUCAGGAAAAACAUAUGCAUCAUAUUAUUGCAUGGAAAAAGUUCUGAAAACGAGCAAUGAAGGAGUAGUUGUGUAUGUUGCUCCUACAAAGGCCCUUGUAAACCAAGUGGUGGGAACUAUAUACAGUCGGUUCACCAAGAAACUUCCAGAUGGAUUGGUAGUGUGUGGAGUCUUCACACGAGAUUAUCGUUACGAUGUCAUGAAUUCUCAGAUACUAGUGACUGUGCCUCAAUGUUUAGAAAUCCUGAUGCUGUCUCCACGUUGCCAGAAAUGGACCAAAAGGAUACAAUAUGUUAUAUUUGAUGAGGUUCAUUGUCUUGGCGGUGAAAUUGGAGCAGACGUUUGGGAGCAUCUUCUGGUAACAAUUCGAUGUCCGUUUUUGGCGCUCUCUGCUACUGUCAGUAACCCGGAACACCUGACUGAGUGGUUACAAUCUGUGAAAAGGUAUUGGCAACAGGCUGAGACUAGAAUAGCAAGAAGCUCUACAAACUCUGAAAAGAUCUUUACAACAAAAUGUAAAGUGAAAUCUACAAUACGAGAACAAAAGAAGUCUUAUCGUGUUAGACUAGUCUUGUAUGAAGAAAGAUACAACGAUUUGGAAAAGUAUGUGUGUUCUUUAAAUGGCAGUGAUUUUGUCAUUGAACAUUGUCAUCCAUGUGCUGCAUUAACAGCCAGUCAUAUUGAGAACUAUGGUAUUCCUUCAGAUCUUUCUCUGUCUCCACGAGAGAGCAUCCAGCUUUAUGACACAAUGGUAAAAGUCUGGCAAAAGUGGCCGAGGGCACAGGAGCUAGAUCCAGAGAAGUUUGUCUCUUUCAAGGAUAAAGUAGUAAUAAAAAAGGCAGAUGUAAGGAAAUAUGAACAAGAACUGAAGAAAGAGCUAAGCAAAUGGAUUGUACUUGGCCAAAUACAGAAGGUGAAUGAGCUACUGGAGCACCUUAAGCCAAAACCUGUGGAUUGUUCGGAACAGGAAAAGUGGAAGCAUUUUGCAAACUUUGUUGAUAAAUUACAUGAGAUGGAUAAGCUGCCUGCAAUAUUUUUCAUAUUUAACGUGUUUUCAGUGGAACGUGCAGCUGAGAGUGUAUUCCUCAGUUUGAUAAGAAAACAAAGAAGAGAACAAGACCCUAAUAUUGAGAGGGAAAAAGAACGUUUAAGUGAUGAACUAAGAAAAGUGAAGAAAAUGCUAACAAAGUUCAACCCUCAGGAUGCCAAAAAGUUGAACCCCAGUAAAAUGGAAAACAUGGUAUUUCUUUUGAAUACAAAAACACAGUUGGAAAAAAGGCUUAAAAGGCUUACUGCUAUCCCUUCUAUAUGUACUUAUGCUGAUCCUAAAGCAGUAGAUGAAGACACUUUGAGGAAGAUUUUUCACCGACUUAGGUUUCAGAGAAGAGGUUAUCUGCAGCAAGCAAUGGCACAGAGGGGCAUUGGGUAUCAUCAUGGGUCUAUGGAUAGCAAGGAAAGACAAGCAGUGGAGAUGCUUUUCAGGAUGGGCUAUAUUAAGGUAGUCACAGCAACUUCAACACUUGCUCUAGGAAUCAACAUGCCAUGUAAAUCUGUUGUUUUUGUUGAAGACUCUAUCUUUUUAGAUGCCCUAAAUUACAGACAGAUGUCAGGUCGUGCUGGAAGACGGGGACAAGAUGUGAUUGGAAAUGUUUUCUUCUAUGAUAUCCCACUGCCUAAAGUUGAAAGACUCAUCAAAUCCAAUGUACCUCAGUUGAAAGGCCAGUUUCCUCUGACUAUUUCCUUAAUAUUGAGACUCAUGCUGUUGGCUGCAAACGCUGAUGACAAAGCAGAUGCCAGAGCUAAGGCACUGUCAGUGUUGAAGCACUCACUGAUGUCAUUCAGAAAAGAAAGAUAUGCUGAAAUAUUAAAAAUUUAUUUUAUCUUUUCCUUGCAAUUUCUUAUCAAAGAGGGCUACUUGGACCAAGAAGGGAACCCCAUAGGAUUUGCUGGACUUGUGACACACUUGCACUAUUACGAACCUUCAAAUUUUGUUUUAGUGAGCUUUCUUGUGAAAGGUUUAUUCCACAAAUUGUGCAAGCCAAUUAAAGGCUCAACUGUUUUUUCAGAAGCUGUCCUGGAAAAGCUAGUGCUCAUUCUAGCACACCUGUUUGGGAGAAAAUACCUUCCAGCCUGCUCAAUGAAAUACAAACACAGAUUUUACCAGUCAAAGGUCUUUCUAGAAGAUCUGCCAAAAAACUUUGCCGAUGCUGUAAAUGAAUACAACAGCAAAGUAGAGGAAAAUUUUGCUCAUUUUCUUCUGGCAACUGCCAAGCUGGCAGAUAUGGAACAAGAAUACAGACUUCCACUGUCGAAGACAGAUUUUGCAUCCAAGAAUUGGCAUGGCUCUGAACUAGCAUCUUAUUUGAUGGACAACACCAAAAGCAUAUCUGCUGUCUCACCUUUUGCAUGUUUAUCUGGAGUGACUGAUAAUGAUCUAUUUCAUGGGGAGAUCAUUAAUAAAGCUGUCUUACGUUCCCUUGGAAUUAAUGCCACAAACUGCCCCCUGCUUCACCGGAACAAGUAUGAUAAUCAAGGAAGGAAGCAGCCGCUCAAUGCCUAUGCACUGGACUUUUUUAAGCAUGGGUCCUUGAUUGCACUGACAACUGAUAACUGGUUAAUUGAAGCAGAUGCUUACUAUGCUCUCAAGGAUUUUUUACUCCUCAUUAAGUCUAUCAGGUGAAGACACAAAAGGAGUUCCUGAGGAUUUAUCCUUCAACAUCCCAACAGUUAUGAAUUUAUGCUUUUUAUUUGCAGGUAAAGUUUGUGUCUUGAACUCAUCGGUGAGCUUCUGACAUUCCAUAUAGUAUUUGUAACGCAACUCCUACAAUUACAGCAAAGAAUCCCAUUAAGUAAAACAGUAUCUCUGGUUAUAAAACUCACAUACAAUCCCAAGAUUGAACAAAAGUUCUCUUAUAUUCUAUAGCAUUUAUGAUGUUUUCCAUUGCUGCUAGAAUGUAAUAAACCGUAAGUGAUUAUGGAAAAAAGCUCUUUGAAAAACAACUGAACAAGAAACAUGUGGAAUCCUGAUGACAAAGUAGGUUUUGAAAUAGUAGACUAUAGAAAACUGUAUUUCAAGUCACUGCUAAACCAGAAAUAGCAAAAAAUACCAGCUUAGACAUAAAGCAACAAAUUCUGAAAUUGUCGUAAAAAUAACCACCUGAAAGCAGUUUCAGUGGUGGAUUAUUUUUUUUCUUACUAGAUCCAAUAACUGUAUAAACUGUAAACUCAAUGAGAAUGGGAACAGAUGUACUCCAGAAUAAUACAGCAAAAGGCAAAUAAGUCUAUAUUUCAAGGACCUAAGAGACUUUUUCAUUUAAUCAUCUGCCAUUGGUAUUCUCAGAGCAUACAUUAUAUGAUUCACUGCUAGCCAGGCUUCACUAACUAACUAGAAUUAUUCUGUAUGGAACAACACUCACUCAGCCACCCCCAUGGAGCUGCUAGUACGUGCAAAAAAAACCCAUCAAGUUGUAUAACUGGAUCACUGGAAACUGAACAAAGAGAGAUUGGAUUCAUAUUCAAGGCAAAUAUCGAGACCUUAGGUAGACUCAGAAGACUGAAUUCUAUUAUCUUCAGAAAACAGAACACAGGCAGAUGAGUUCCUCUUUAGAUGGGCAAUAGAGAAGCUUAUUUGGAUUGGAAAGCUACAGAUCUGACUCAGAAAAGCCCACGCUACAAUAUAAAAAUAAGUAUUUGACGUCCAUAGCAAGAUUAAGUUCCAGCUUUCUGAAGAAAAAAGAAAAAGAAGAGUAAAAUCCUGACAGCUUUAAUAACCUAGUCAGAUUUACAGUCUAGAGUACCCUUCUAAGAAGAAAAAGACUAUAAAAGCUUCUUUAGAAAGUUGUGCAUUAACAAGUAGUAACUUGGCCAUACUUAAAAAAGACAUUCAAUCAUACCUCAUGACUCAUAUUUUGAAAUGCUGACAUUUCUGAUAUUGACAUUAGGCGAGUACAGAUCCUGCUACCGUCUGCUAGUGCUUCCUCCUGUCCUUCUACAGGCUGAAAAACAUUUUAUAGCAGACAUAGUUCAUUUUUAUAAGAAAAAAAUAAACGAAGCAGUACAGUGUUGUAACCCCAUAGUGAAGAACUUACAAGAAAUGUACUGGGUGUAUUCUUCUGAUCCUGACAUUGCUUUAUGUCAUUUUUAAAUAGAGUAUUUUUUGUGGAGUUCUCUUUUUCUCCAGAAGGCAGAUCUAUUAGAAAAUAAGACAGAAUAUUGUGAGAGCAUAUUAAGUAUGGAAAAUACCAAAAGGCUCCUGUGUGCAUCUAAAUAUAGGUGUUGAUUAAAAUCCAAGGUAUAUUGGCCUAAGUACGACCCUAGUACUUGCCGAAACGUCUGUGACGUAAAGCAAGAGGCCCACGCAAGAAGUUUUCUAACUGCCUGCAGAUGCUUGCCCUGAUACAAAACCAAACUUUUUCUCUCUAUGAGGUAAAAACAUUAAAUCAGAGCGUGGUUAACAUUCAUAUUGCACUACAACAGAUACCCAUUUAGUUCAGUAAUACACUUCUGACAGUUGUGAUACUGGUCGAUUAGGAAAAUUAUGAUACUUCUCCCCAGCUUCCAAAAAUACAGCCUAGGGACCUUCUAGAGAAAGCACAUUCAUAAAAUGCAUUUUAAAACCCUUAAAGAAUUUAUCGUCCAUUAAUUUGCUCAGACGCUUUCUGAACACUUCCUUGCUUUUGCUGUGCAGAUUGUUUAUUAGUAAUGAGUUGUACAAGUUGCAGGUGACUAGACCGACUUCCCGAAUCCUGUACUAUAAUUAAAUCUUGUACUAUAAUUUUCCCUACCUUUAACAAUGUCCACAUUAACGGGUGUUAACUUCAAAGCCAGUAUUUCAUCAAUCACAGGUUUAAUAUCCAUCUUCUUUUGAGCAUACUCUGGUGCUUUUUCAUAGCUGGAUGCGAUAUUCAUCAGGUCAAGCUGAGUUUUCAUUCUGGAAUAGGGAAAAAAAACCCAACAACAUUUAAGACUCACAUGGCAACAACUAAAUUACACCUGCCUACUACUACAAAAAGGGAAGAAAGAAAUCACUAAGAGGAAGAAGAGAUAAAAAGUAUGACUUUAAAAAAGUAAAGUUUCCUACAUUUUUUUCUUUUAACUUACUACUUGAUGAUUCACUUGAAUUAGGUUCCAUACACAACAAAAAUAGCAAGCAGUGCCUGUAGUUCACCAAAAAGAUUAAAAAGCCCUCACUUUUCUUAGCGUACUACACUUGAAUCUAAAUUACAUUCUUUUUUCAGAUGGGAAUGCUAGUGUUAGUCCAAACCACAAUACAAAGACCUUAAUUUCCAAUAUUCCUUCUUAAACUCUGCUUAAAACCUGGUAAGAAAUGUAAUUAAGGAUAUUUAGAAAUAAACAUACAAGAUAUGUAUACUGCAAACACAAAAAUUACGAAACUGUAGAAUCUCCAUACAUGCUCUUAGACUUCAAAGACUUCUGUAAAAGCUCCAGGCAUGGUUCAGUGGUCCCAAACUUAAACAAGACAGAUAAAGAUAUCCAAUCACCAUGUAUUAAUGAAUGGCUAUACUUAAGAUCUGUCAGGGAUUAAAUUCAAAAGUUUGAUUACCUCUAAUCCCAAAUAGUAUAUCACUACAACUCUUGCCUUAUGUCCUAAAAUUGGGAGUAUGGAGCAUAUAAAAAUCUGAAAACAUUGUAAUGUCUUAAUUACUAUGUAUUAAUUUCAUUUUAAGUUGCUGUAUCUGACUACAUUCAAAGUAUCUGUUUUCUUAGUUUUUAAUCAUAAAAGUACACUCAACAACUAACAAAAAAAGAAAAAAAAAUACCUUGUAUUCAAGCCACAGGCCACCUAUAAAUAAAACAAAAU